AUGUCGCAAUACAGCUACCUCUCCACGCCGGAUCCCGAGUUCGCGGAUGUCCUCGCGAAGCUUCCUCCACAACCUGCUCUGUCCGAGUCUGGCGAUAUAUCGCUCAUACGGGCUGGCUUCAAGGAAGCAGUGGGCGAACACGAUAAGCAUCUCCAGUCGCGCCUUCCUCUAGCUUCCGCAUACACUAUGAAAGACCACAAGAUCCCCGUCGAGGGUGGAGAGAUUGUCGCGCGAUGCGUGGUGCCGGCGCCUUCUGCAGACAAGUCUUUCCCUGUCCUUGUUUGGUUUCAUGGUGGAGGGUGGACGCUCGGCGACGUCCACACCGAUGACUACCGCUUGAGGAUGCUGUGCGUCGCGCUGCAGAUAUCUAUCGUGAACGUCGACUACAGGCUCGCUCCGGAACACGUCUACCCGACCGCCUGGGAUGAUUCGUACGCUGCGACCAAAUGGGUCGUGGAGCACACGUCCUUGCUCUCCGCAGCCCUCAAUAAAGGCUUCAUCGUCGCCGGGUGUUCCGCCGGAACGAACCUUGCAGCUCAUAUCGCCAACCGCGCUCGCGACGACCCGUUCUUUGCAAAGACACCUAUUACUGGCCAGUACCUCCAGGUUCCGUGCUUGCUGGACCCCGAAGCGGAUGCGGGGAAAUAUAAAUCUGAGCUCCUGUCCAUGGAGCAGAACAAGGACGCGCCUUCCCUCACGCGCGCAGAUAUAGUUUACUUUGCUCACCAGCUGAAGAUCCCACCGUCUGACCUUGGACUCUCCUUGCUCCUUCAGCCUUCUCACGCGGGCCUGCCUCCUCUGUACGCCCAGAUCGCCGGCUUGGACCCUCUACGCGACGAGGGCCUCCUCUACGCUAAAGUGUUAGGCGAAGCCGGCGUGAAGACCAAGGUCGACGUAUACCCUGGGGUGCCGCACGGCUUCAACUUCUUUUAUUCGCAGCUGCGGUUGUCUGCCAAGUUGGAGAGCGACGUCGAUGCUGGGGUCGGGUGGUUGUUGAGCCUGGUUGCUUGA